AUGUGUGAUAAGUGGUGGGGGAGGAGUAAUUUUGAUUGGGCUGUGAGGGAGUCAGAAGGCAGAUCGGGUGGAAUACUAUCGGUCUGGAACAAGGAUAAGUUUGUGGCAACUAGUAAAUGGAACGUGACGGGGGCUGUUAUUGUUAAUGGGAUUUGGCUACAAGGAGGCCUGCAUUGUUGUUUUGUUAAUGUGUAUGCGCCCAUGGGAACCACCGAAAAGGAAUCUUUGUGGGAUACAUUACAGCUCAUUGCUCUUCAAAACAAAGACUCUUGCCUGUGUUUUCUUGGCGACUUCAACGCAGUGCGUGAUCCGGGAGAAAGGGUGGGGAAAUGUGCUGUCUUUAAUCAAGCAGAUGCAAGGUCUUUUGACGCUUUUAUUCGGCAAAGUAAUCUGCUGGAAAUCAGAACACAGGGGAGAAAGUUUACGUGGUAUCAACCUGGUGGAGGAUGUAAGAGCAAACUAGACAGAUUUAUGGUCAACGAGAAAUGGAUGCAGGAAUGGGCGGACACAGUCGGAAGGGGGCUUCAGAGAUCAGUGUCGGAUCAUUAUCUUAAGGAUGAACUUCAGGAGCUGGACAUUUUUGAUGACACCUUUGGUCUUGAGGAGAGUGAGACAAUCAGGAGAAAUGAAUUACGAGCAAAGAUUUUCCUUAAAUCCAAAGAAAAAUGGCUUGAUGUUGGGGGCUGCUGGAUCGAGGAUCCAAAGACCAUUAAGGAGAACGUCAAAACGUUCUUCGAGAAUCACUUCAAGAAGACGCCGCGCGUCCUACCUAUGAUACUGGGAGAUUUCACUGCUCGGAAAGUUUCUGCAGUGAUUAAUGCGGAGCUGAUCAAAACUUUUUCAGAAUCAGAAAUUAAAGAGGCCAUUUGGAGUUGUGACAGUGACAAGAGCCCGGGACCGGAUGACUUUAACCUCAAGUUCUGGAAAGCAUCAUGGGAGAUUAUCAAGAAAGAUUUUUUAAAGGUUUUGGCGAGUAGGAUGAAGCAGGUCAUGGAUUCAGUUAUUUCGGAUAAUCAGAGCGCCUUCAUUGGCGGCCGUUACAUCCUUGAUGGGGUCGUGGUUCUAAAUGAAGCAAUCGCGGAGGCUACUAAGAAGAGAAAAUGGAGGAUUAUCUUCAAGGUGGAUUUCGCGAAAGCAUAUGACUCUGUCGAGUGGGAUUUCUUGGAUUUAAUGCUUCAAAGAAUGGAUUUUGCACCAUUAUGGAGGAAAUGGAUUCGAGCGGAGGGGAUCCACUCUUUGAUCACGAGAGCUGUUGAGAAGGAGCUGAUUAAGCCGGUAAAGGUAGGAAAUGAUUACAUUUCAAUUUCGCACCUCCAAUACGCCGAUGACACGGUCUUCUUGAUGGAGGAUGAUGAAAGAAAUGCAGUGGCAGUUAAAAGGAUUCUCAGAGUGUUCCAGCUACUGUCAGGGCUUGCCAUCUGCUUUUACAAGGAGAGAGAGAGCGAGAUAAGGAAAGAGAUUAUAGAUCUACAACACAGUACACAGAUUCAAGCAUCAUCGAAUUCAUCGGGGCUGCAGAACUCGGCAUCGGAGGAGAAUCGGAGACGCCGCGUCUGGCGGCGCAGAUUGAGUACAGGCAGAGAGCAGCGGCUCCGUGUUUGCGCGGCGGGGAUGUUGCCCAGAUCUCACAGUGAUUUUAUUCGCGCUGCAUUGUUUGGCCGGGAGAGAUCACCGGUGGGGGAAGAGGGGAGGAGAUGCGUGAGUGAGGGUUCCGUGGUGGUGGUUGUCACGGCUUGCCUCGGUGGUGGAGAUGGUGCGGCGGCUACCACGACCAGCUCAGAGACUGCGGCGGCGAUUCGUCGGAGAUGGUGCGGCAGGUGGCUGAUUUUCGACGCCGAGAAAGAGAGAGAUGGAGCAGAUCUCGACUCGUAG